UCCCUCUUCAACCUUCUGCUUUCUGGAGGGGCACCUUCAACCAGCUCCGCGGUGCACCGGCAGCGGCUUCCCUAGUUGUAAAGAAACAAGUGGAAAUAACACUUUUUAAACACAGACACAAUGUCCUUCCUGUCGGUCAGCAGGCUAGCACCCAAACUGCUCAAUUCCAAGAAUGCCACCUACUUCCUCGUGGCUGCCAGAAAUGCCAGCGCGUCAACAACAAAUCUGAAGGAUGUUCUGGCAGAUCUUAUCCCUAAAGAACAGACCAGGAUCAAGAACUUUAAACAACAGUAUGGCAAAACCAACAUAGGACAGGUUACUGUUGACAUGGUCUAUGGAGGUAUGAGGGGAAUGAAGGGUCUGGUGUAUGAGACCUCCGUGUUGGAUCCUGAUGAGGGUAUCCGUUUCCGGGGCUACAGCAUUCCAGAGUGUCAGAAGCUGCUGCCUAAAGCUCCAGGAGGUGAGGAGCCGCUGCCCGAGGGUCUCUUUUGGCUGUUGGUCACAGGACAGGUGCCCACUGAGGAGCAGGUGAACUGGGUGUCCAAAGAGUGGGCGAAGAGAGCAGCGCUUCCCUCUCACGUUGUCACCAUGUUGGAUAACUUCCCCACAAACCUACACCCCAUGUCUCAGUUCAGUGCUGCCAUCACAGCUCUGAACAGUGAGAGCAGCUUUGCACGGGCCUACUCUGAGGGUGUCCACAAGACCAAGUACUGGGAGUUUGUCUAUGAGGACUCCAUGGACUUGAUUGCCAAGCUGCCCUGCAUUGCUGCAAAGAUCUACCGCAACCUGUAUCGCGAAGGCAGCAGUAUCGGAGCCAUCGACUCCAACCUGGACUGGUCCCACAACUUCUCCAACAUGCUGGGCUACAGCGAUGCCCAAUUCACUGAGCUAAUGAGGCUCUACCUCACCAUCCACAGUGACCAUGAAGGAGGCAACGUCAGUGCCCACACCAGCCACUUGGUGGGUAGUGCCCUGUCUGACCCCUACCUGUCCUUCAGUGCUGCCAUGAAUGGUCUGGCUGGUCCUCUGCAUGGCCUGGCCAAUCAGGAGGUGCUGGUGUGGCUGACUGCCCUGCAGAAGGAGAUGGGUGGAGAAGUUUCUGAUGACUUGAUGAGGGAUUACAUCUGGAACACACUUAAAUCUGGAAGGGUUGUGCCAGGCUAUGGCCAUGCUGUCCUGAGGAAGACUGACCCCCGUUACACCUGCCAGCGUGAGUUUGCCCUGAAGCACCUGCCCAACGACCCCAUGUUCAAGUUGGUUGCCCAGCUUUAUAAGAUUGUGCCCAACGUGCUCCUGGAGCAGGGCAAGGCCAAGAACCCCUGGCCCAAUGUUGAUGCCCACAGCGGAGUGCUGCUGCAGUAUUAUGGAAUGACUGAGAUGAAUUACUACACUGUGCUGUUCGGUGUGUCCCGAGCUCUCGGCGUGCUCGCCCAGCUGGUGUGGAGUAGAGCCCUCGGCUUCCCCUUGGAGCGCCCCAAGUCCAUGAGCACAGAUGGACUGAUGACACUGGUGGGAGCAAAGUCAGGCUGAAGAACCACCUGAAAGGAGCCGGGGGUUAGUGUGAAGGGUGGGAGGAGGUGGGAAUAUCAAAAAGGCAGACAUAAAUUGACCCCCUGUCAUUUCCAACCCCAGGGAUUCAAUGGGAUUCAAAGAGACAGUACGCUUUUAAUGUCAUUUCACGAAAGAAGGGCCUUUUUAAAUCGUCACACCAUUAGUGUUUAAGUGUGUUUAGGUAACCACUGAUGGGUUUUCCUUUCAUGUCUCCAUAUUUGGAACAUGAGCGGUAAAAACUUCAGACACACAUACAUGUUAACCCAUAGUAGGCUCAAACUAUGUACCAUUAGAAGUCUGCUAGCAUCGCUAAGAUUUUCCCCUGUGCAGUGCCUGCGUGUUUUUCAUUGGGCACAAGGUCUGAACUAUGAAUAGGCAGUGGCAUCCAAAGGGAAUUGUGGGAGCGAAUUACUUCCUUCAUAUUUCUUUAAAUAUCUAAAGUUAAAUACCCGACUCAACCUUUCCUGCUUUUGGCUAAUGCAGUGAUUUGUUUUAGAGGAUAUCCGCAAGCAAAAGACCUUUUUCUCCAAUCAAGACUCUCAACUUAGAUUCUUCUAUGCAAUGUUCCCAGAUGUCAUCCCACCCAGUCUAUCCAUGCGUUUCACUCCCAUUUAUGAACACUCCAGUUUUAGAAAGGAAAAAAAAAAAGGUCCUUACAAGUAAAAUGAACAAACUGUUCAACAUA